AUGGAGAAGACUAGUCACCAAGCCCUCAUCCAGCAAGCGCUGGAACGCUCCCUGGAGCUCGGCGAGAUUGGCAUCUCAGUCGCUGCUUACCACCGCGGUGAGCUGAUUGCGGAUGCUACUGCCGGCGUCAUGGACACGGACACUAAGCGGCCAGUUGAUGCCAAAACUCUUUUCCCAGUCUUCUCUGUCACCAAGGGCAUUACAGCCCUGGCUGUUCACAUUCAGGCCGAGCGGGGCCUCCUGACCACCGAUGCACCCGUCAGUCGCUACUGGCCAGAGUUCGCCGCCCAUGGAAAGGAAUCCAUCACGGUGGAGGACGUCCUCUCUCAUCGCGCGGGAAUCCCCCAGAUGCCAGCGACAACCCCUCCACAGAUGGCGGACUGGGACUGGAUGAUUGCACGCAUCGCUGAGCAAGAGCCUAUCUUCCAGCCUGGGAAGCACAAUGCUUACCACGUGCUUGUCUGGGGGUGGAUCGUGGGAGAGAUUGUGCGGCGAGCAGACCCGAAGCAUAGGCCAUUCAAAGUGUUUGUGGAGGAGGAGAUAUGCAGACCCUUGGGAAUCUCGGAUUUUCAUCUCGGGGUAGCAGACGAUGAUCUCGACCGGGUUGCCACGCUGUACGGAGGGGACAGCUUUGGAAUGGACGAUAAAUACGGUGUUAACCCCGCUGGUGUCUUUCCCUCGGGCAAGGUGCACAACCAACGUGCAGUUCAGCAGGCGGUAGAUCCAGGUGCAGGUGCCAUCACGACCGCCAAGAGCGUCGCACGCAUCUUUGCUCUCGUUGCCGAGGGUGGCGCCCUGGAUGGCGUCCGUCUGAUGACGCCUGAGCGAGCAGCUGGCCUGGUGCGUCCCCGAAAGGGUGCGUCUGAUCCAGACAAGGUACUUCCAAUCCCAGUCUGGUUCGGGGCAGGGGGGUUCUGGCUUGGUGGUGAGGCCGGGGCCUCGGACCCCCUGGUGGGUGACCACCGGGAUAUUGUGUACAGCCCUGGAGCAGGGGGCUCGAUUGCCUGGGCGGACCUUCGAGAUGGGAUUGCAGUGGCAAUUUGUCACAACAAUAUGGAUACGCCUUCUGUCAGGGAGCCUGAGAGGACUUUCGAGCCUAUUGUGAGGGCGAUUAGGCAGAUUGUUGCCGAGAGAGUUGCCAACGGCAUUGGUGGUGAUCGUUGA